AUGACCAAACACUCGCCGCCCCAGUGCUCACCCCUGAGUGGCUUUAUCUGGGUAAUUGUGGAGAAUCACUCCGCGCAUCAAAAAUACGAUAUUACGCCUCCAUAUUAUGUGCAAGGAGGAGCCAUGCUUUCUGCCAUCAAGGAGGCACUGGGCACCACAGUUUUGGAGGGCACAGGCAGGGGUGGUGGUGGCUGCAUCAGUGAGGGUGAAGUGUACCACACAGAUACAGGGAAGGUGUUUAUAAAGAGGAAUUCAAAAGAAAAGGCACGGGAGAUGUUUGAUGGAGAAUAUGCAAGCUUGAAGGCGAUCAAGGAUACAAACACUGUGCGCGCUCCUACUCCACACCUGGUGUUGGAUAACCCAGCGGGGGGAGCCGUGUUGGUCAUGGAGUACCUGGAUAUGCACUCGCUGAGUAGCAAGGCAGGCCAGCUUGGAAUGCAUCUUGCCAG